CGAUUUCGAGAUAAACAUAUUAAGAUUACGUUAGGUCCUAGAGAAAGACAAGACAUAAUUGCUGUGUAUGGAAUGAAAAUAUUCUACGAUUUUAACCUUUCUUUUUCUGAACUAUAAGACCAACAAUAACCGCAGCAACAACAUCAAUAAAUGUGGACUCCAGUUGCGUAAAAUGUGGAAUUGUUGUCCCUUAAGGAGUGCUCGUUCCCGGGCGCUCUGCUCUGUCCUAGACGGUCCCUGGCCAUUACCUGAUCGGCACCUGCGGACGUCGUAUAUGCCCGGAGGCUCCCUGCCUGUUCCCACAGCCUAUCAGCGAAGCCGCUGCAGAUGAGCGCGUGCCUCACUUUCUCCGGGCAGGGAACAGUCGGGGAAAGGGAAAGCGGGGGGACUCUCGAUCCGACGCUCGCGCGCCUCUACACGGGAGCAGCAGCAACACGCAUCUCGCGCCCGCACCUCCUAACCCGCAACUUUGAUGGGGACUUUCGCACGUCGGGGUGAAAAUGCCGGCCAUGAAGGGAUUGCUCGCGCCUCAAAACACGUUUCUGGACACUAUUGCGACGCGUUUUGACGGCACACACAGUAACUUCCUGCUGGCCAACGCGCAGGUGGCGAAGGGCUUCCCCAUCGUGUACUGCUCGGACGGCUUCUGCGAGCUGACGGGCUUCUCGCGCGCGGAGGUGAUGCAGGAGAGCUGCGUCUGCAGGUUCCUGUACGGCCCCGACACCGCCGACGCCAUCGUGCUGCAGGUGGACCUGGCGCUCAGCGACAAGAAGGAGUUCAAGGGAGAGAUCGUCUUCUACAAGAAGAGCGCGACGCUCUUCUGGUGCUUACUGGACAUCGUCCCCAUUAAAAACGAGAAGGGCGACGUGGUCCUGUUCCUGGCCUCCUUUAAGGACAUCACCGACACCAAGGUCAAGGUUGUCCCUGAGGACAAGAGAGAAGAAAGGCGUAAGGGUCGGUUGAGGAAGGGGGCCCAGUUCAGCUCGGCUCGGCUGAGGGGCGGUACCAUCCUCUACCACAUCUCUGGACACCUGCACAGCCGAGAGAGGAAGAGCAAACUAAAACUCAACAAGAAUGUGUUUGGAGACCUGCCGGCGCUCCCUGAGUACAAGGUCGCCGACGCCAAGAAGUCAAAGUUCAUCCUCCUGCACUACAGCACCUUCAAGGCAGGCUGGGAUUGGCUGAUCCUCCUGGCCACCUUCUACGUUGCCGUGACGGUGCCGUACAACGUCUGCUUCAUCGGUGACGAUGACCUCACGCGCAGUACCACGGUCAGCGACAUCGCCGUGGAGAUCCUCUUCAUCAUCGACAUCGUGUUCAGUUUCCGCACCACGUACGUGAGUAAGUCUGGGCAGGUGAUCUUCGAGGCGCGGCUGAUCUGCGUUCACUACAUGACCACCUGGUUCAUCGUCGACCUGGUCGCCGCCCUGCCCUUCGACCUGCUCUUUGCCUUCAAAGUCAGCGUGCUGUCGGUGGUGCACCUGCUGAAGACGGUGCGGUUGCUACGGUUACUGCGGCUGCUGCAGAAGAUGGACAGGUACUCGCACCACAGCACAGUGGUGCUGACGCUGCUCAUGUCCAUGUUCGCCCUGCUGGCCCACUGGAUGGCCUGCAUCUGGUACGUCAUCGGCAAGAAGGAGAUCGAGCUCAAUGCCAAGAACUGGGACAUCGGCUGGCUGCAUGAGCUGGAGAAGCGGCUGCAGUCUCCGUACGACGGCGGUGGCAGUGUUGCCGGGGGAAACGGUACGGGGGUCCCGUCGCUACGCAGCGUCUACAUCGCCUCGCUGUACUUCACCCUCAGCAGCCUGACCAGCGUGGGCUUUGGCAACGUCUCCGCCAACACCGACGCCGAGAAGAUCUUCUCCAUCUGCAUCAUGCUCAUCGGAGCCCUGAUGCAUGCCCUGGUGUUCGGUAACGUGACGGCCAUAAUCCAGCGGUUGUACUCGCGGUGGUCUCUCUACCACACCCGCACCAAGGACCUGAAGGACUUCAUCUGCGUGCACCACCUGCCGCACCAGCUCAAACAGCGCAUGCUCGAGUACUUCCAGACCACCUGGUCCGUCAACAACGGGAUCGACUCCAACGAGCUCCUGAAGGACUUCCCAGACGAGCUGCGCUCGGACAUCACCAUGCACCUGAACAAGGAGAUCCUGCAGCUGUCGCUGUUCGCCUCGGCCAGCAGGGGGUGCCUGCGCUCCCUGUCCCUGCACAUUAAGACCUCCUUCUGUGCCCCCGGGGAGUACCUCCUGCGCCAGGGCGACGCCCUGCAAGCCAUCUUCUUCGUCUGCUCCGGGUCCAUGGAGGUGCUGAAGGACGGCAUGGUGCUGGCCAUCCUGGGUAAAGGAGACCUGAUUGGGGCGAACGUGGCGGUGGACGAGCGCGUGAUUAAGACGAACGCGGACGUGAAGGCCCUGACCUACUGCGACCUGCAGUGCAUCAGUCUGAAGGGGCUCCACGAGGUGCUGGACCUGUACCCCGAAUACGCCCACCGCUUCGUCCAGGACAUCCAGCAGGACCUCACCUACAACCUGCGGGAGGGCCAGGAGAGUCAUACGGGGCGCAAGGGCAACGGCCGCAUGGUCACACGCCACCCGUCAGUCACAGAGGACCGAGAGGACGAAGAGGAAGAGGAGAUCACUCUGCUCUCUCCCGACACGCGGAGGGGGCGGGGCUUCUACUCCAGGGGCGUGUCCUCAGCGGGGCAGGAGGAGCGGGAGGGACACUCCCCCAGUCUGGGCCAGCAUUUCGCCCCCACCCACCCUGACCCCUCCGACCUCAGCCCCCGGUUCGUGGAUGGUACAGAAGAUGCUGGGACUGAGAACUGUUCUGCCUUCAAGUUCUCCCUGAAUCAGCUGCUGCCAACCAACAGUGUGACCAACCCUGCAGGUGCUGUUCCCAUUGGCCUGGCUGAGCUGGCAGUGAAGGCCGAAGAGACCAGAGGCCAUUUAAAGCAACUCAAUCAAGAGGUGAGUGCGCUGGGCCAUGAGGUGGCAGAUUUGGGCCGGGCGAUGAGGACCAUGGUUUCUCUGAUGGAGGGGCUCCUGUCGGCCCCCCCAUCUCCUCUUUACUGCCCUGCCUGCCUCACAGACCCCGCCCCCGUUCAAGGCCACGCCCCCAGCCCCCCCCGGACGGACCCUGCUCAGGCCUACCACCAGCACCUGCAGCCGCUGACCAUCAGCCCCACGACUCCGCCCCCAGUCCCGCCGGUCCGGUCAGGAGGCUCCACCCCCUCACGCCCGAAACUACCAGCGGGGUGUGCCGGGGGUGUGGGCCACAGCCCGCCUCAGAGAACCGCCCUGCUCCGCGGGACACCCCUAAACCUCCUGCCCCCGUACCCCUCCCCCACCAGAGGGCUCCCCCUGUGCUCCUUCCCCCCCCACACGCCCCCGCGGCCCCCGUCCGUGAGCUCUUCCCCAGAGACAGCGCCCCGCGAACCCUGCGGGGGGCGCUCCCGAUCGCACAGCCUCAACACCGCCCCCUGCCCCACCCCUCACGCCGACUCCGCCCCCUGCCCCGCCCCUCACGCCGACUCCGCCCCCACCGCCGGCCUGGCCGCCAAAGACCCGCCGUCCCCCUGGGAGCAGAGAGGGGGCAGGGCAGGGCACUAGAGGCUGUGCAGCAGCCAAUCAGCUGCCUCUGUCUUCACAGGCCACGCCCACAGAGCCCAGUAACUGGACGAACGGCUGGACAGUCUAUGCUUCCUGGAUGGACGGUUUAGGGUGUACUUAGCUGUUCUGUUUCUGUCCAAAGGCAUGUUUUACACUGUCACACACGCAUGCUGUGAAACAUGUAGCUUUCCCUCGAACAGAGACCGCGUGUUACUGAGAGCAUACACACAGCCUCCAUGCAUGUGAGCUCGCCUUUACCUGGGGCCUGUACAGAGAGAGAGUGUGUGUGUGUGUGUGUGUGUGAGAGAGAGAGUGUGUGUGUGUGUGUGUGUGUGUGUGAGAGUGU